GAGAAAAUUGUUUUUGUUUUUCUUUCUUUUCCCUCCUAUAAAAGCGCAGAGCUAUCCUUCAUUUUUAUGCACAGAGAAAGUGCUGAAGCCCAUAUAUAGUCAUCAUCAUUAUAUUUACAGGAGCUUCACUCCAAGCUUCAAUGGCGGCUCUUAGCAACCUCAUGAAGAAAAGAUCCCAUUUUUCCAUCUUCAAAGAGAAAUUCUUCUCUACUACCGCCUCCGCCAGCCCUUUAGUUGAUUCUCCUUCGUUUGCUCAGAGGCUCAGAGAUCUGCCCAAAGAUCUCCCUGGUACCAAUAUCAAGAAAGAAGUUUCUCAGCUUAUUGGAAGAACACCACUUGUUUACCUUAACAAAGUAACAGAGGGAUGUGGUGCUUAUGUAGCUGUUAAACAAGAAAUGAUGCAGCCUACUGCUAGCAUCAAAGACAGACCAGCAUAUGCUAUGAUCACAGAUGCAGAAAAGAAAGGUCUGAUCACGCCAGGAAAGACGACGUUGAUUGAGCCCACCUCGGGAAAUAUGGGAAUCAGCAUGGCAUUUAUGGCAGCAAUGAAAGGUUACAAAAUGGUACUCACAAUGCCCUCUUACACUAGCUUGGAGAGGAGGGUGACUAUGAGGGCGUUUGGAGCCGAUUUGAUCCUCACUGAUCCCACCAAGGGAAUGGGAGGCACAGUUAAAAAAGCUUACGAGCUUCUGGAAUCGACACCUGAUGCUUUCAUGCUUCAGCAGUUCUCCAAUCCUGCCAAUACGCAGGUGCAUUUCGAGACGACUGGCCCUGAGAUAUGGGAGGACACUAACGGUAAGGUCGAUAUUUUCAUUAUGGGGAUCGGAAGUGGAGGCACUGUCUCUGGUGUUGGGCAGUACCUGAAGUCGAAAAAUCCUGAUGUCAAGAUUUAUGGACUUGAGCCAGAAGAGAGCAAUAUUCUGAAUGGUGGUAAACCAGGUCCUCAUCACAUUACUGGCAAUGGGGUCGGGUUCAAGCCUGACAUCCUCGAUAUGGAUGUGAUGGAAGAAGUUCUCAUGGUUUCUAGUGAAGAUGCUGUUAAUAUGGCCAGAGAAUUGGCUCUCAAGGAAGGUCUCAUGGUUGGGAUAUCAUCGGGAGCUAACACGGUUGCGGCUCUUAGACUUGCCAGGAGGCCCGAAAACAAAGGCAAACUCAUUGUGACUGUCCACCCGAGUUUUGGGGAACGAUACUUGUCGUCCGUCUUGUUCCAGGAGCUGAGGAAUGAAGCUGAGAAGAUGCAGCCUGUUUCAGUCGACUAAUGUGCUUCUGGAACACAGAUUUUAAGUGAUUCUCCUUAGCAGGAGGAGUUGCUGUUUUUAUGUACUGCAAAUCUUGAGAUCCCUCAAGUGUUUGAUGUAUCAAAUAUCAGUUGUUUUUCUGUAUCAUUUAAUGCCAAUCCACUUUCUUCAUGUGGUUUAUUU